GCCGUGCUGAACGUGGAUUCACGACGCAUGUCCUCUGUAGCUUAGCUCACAGGAAUCGUUAUGGAUGUAGAUAAGUGGAUAGAAGCAGUGAAAACAUGUAAAUACUUACCAGAAAAUGAUCUGCGACAGCUGUGCAAUUAUGUAACCGAACUUCUGAUCGAAGAAUGCAAUGUACAGCCUGUCAGUUUCCCUGUAACAAUUUGUGGGGACAUUCAUGGACAGUUCUACGACCUCCUGCAGUUAUUCCGUACCGGUGGUGAACUUCCGGAUACAAAUUACAUAUUCAUGGGUGAUUUUGUUGACCGUGGAUAUUAUAGCCUCGAAACACUCACGCUCCUUCUCGCCCUGAAGGCCAAGUACCCCGAUCGGAUCACUCUGCUCAGAGGUAACCACGAGAGCCGUCAAGUUACGCAGUGCUAUGGCUUCUAUGACGAAUGCAUAAACAAGUAUGGAAACGCUAACCCUUGGCAUCAAUGCUGCAAGGUGUUUGAUCUUCUAACGAUUGCUGCCCUAGUUGAAGAUUCAGUUCUUUGUGUCCAUGGGGGUCUAUCUCCGGAAAUCAAAACCCUUGACCAGUUACGCACAAUCGAACGCAAUAUGGAAAUACCUCACUCUGGUCCUCUUUGUGACAUCUUAUGGUCAGAUCCGGAUGAUGUUAAUCAGUGGACUAUCAGUCCUCGUGGAGCCGGAUAUUUGUUCGGAUCAAAGGUCACACAGAAGUUUGUCGAACUUAACGGGUUACAGGUCAUUUGUCGUGCGCAUCAACUGGUUCACGAAGGCUACAAGGUCAUGUUUGAUAACCAUCUUAUAACCGUGUGGUCGGCCCCCAACUAUUGCUAUCGUUGUGGAAAUAUUGCCGCUAUCCUGGACUUCCAAGCUCCCAAUCAGUACGAAGCCAAGCUAUUUAAUGCGGUGCCAGAUGAGGAAAGGGUGAAGCCUCCUGCACGAAUAACUCCGUACUUUUUAUAAAACCAUCGGGUCGUGGCUCAACAACGAAUUCCCCUCGUCAGCUGAUGCCAAUCACUGUAGGCUUCCUUUUUCACUCACCAACUGCUAAAGAGUUUUGAUGACAGCGGUUACAAUCUGCGUUUUGUAUCACUAGUGACUUGACUUGACGGAACUUUGCCGCUCUUGCGGUGGUGGAAAUGUUUUUAUUAUGAUUUCUUCAACACCAAAUGCGAAAUACAUAUUCGUCCUUCGUUAACUUGACUAAUCCCUAUUUGUUGAAGUGCACCAUUUUGGCGCCAGGUGUUCAUAGUAGAUACCAGCUACUUAGUUUGAUUCGUCGAUUUGGGACCUUUUUUCAAAGUUAUUAUCAAUGAUACAGCUUUCGAUCAUCGUCAUGCUCAACUUGUGGAGUUUACAUCGUAUCGUUGUGG